CCCCUAAUUUAAGUCGAGUGGCGGCUUCCACGAAACGAUUCAUCCGGCGAUUCGAUAAAAAUUCCUGCGCACAUACACAAAAUGAACGCCCACUCGGCUCAGCCAUUUUCCGUCGAAGAGGCCAUCGGUUCGCCGAUGGGACUCCAGUACUUGAACUUCCAAUUCAGUUAUAAUUUCGUCGCUCUAACCGCCAACACGGUCCGACGGCUGAACGUGGAAACGUGUUUUUAGUUUACCAAUAGCCCGUAGUCUACUGCUAAUUUGUUUUUCAAAACCGAAUGGCUUUAGUUUAAUUGCUUAAUUCAUUUUCGAAUAUCGAUCUGAUUGGACUCAGUCCACCUUGAAGUUUGGAUCGAUUUAAUAGGCCACUCGAUUGCAGUUCAAAUAAACCGAAGGCUUCUAAACACCACCUGAACGUGUGGGUGGUGGGAUUUUUAUAUAAUCUGGAACAUUUUCGACAACCUCUCGGGUGCGGAGCUAGUGGCAUUGGUUUAAUGCGUCCGUCACGCGUUUCAUUACCAGCCGGAGCACAUGUGCGGGUUACAUUUUAGGACGCGUAACAGUCCGUCUCAGAAGACGUCCCUCCGCUGGGGCGACUGCUGUCUAGCCUAAUCUAGUGUUCCGACCGUGAUUCGAGUUCCUAGCCGGAGACCUCAUCCUCGAUUUCGAUCGACCUACUGCUACGGGACUUCCCGCAUCCACCAAGAGCCCCUUGGAGCAGGAAAUGUUGCAUAAGCCGAGGCGCAUUUGAUUGGCGCGCUUCUCUGAUUGCCGUCGCUAAGCUCCAGAAUCGAAAAUCGGCGUCCGCUUGAACUUGGCGCACAAAUCGCAAGGCAGAGCCAAAAGGUCAACCCCAUUCCGAGAGUAUCUAGUUACACCAGCGCGUGGAGAGCCGUAAGUUUCGUAGCCAAGGACACGCCUGAACUGCAAGGAUGAUCAAUAUCGCCGGCGUGGUGAGCAUCGUGCUCUUCUACCUCCUGAUCCUGGUUGUGGGCAUUUGGGCCGGUCGCAAGAAGCAGUCCGGCAACGAUUCGGAGGAGGAGGUGAUGCUGGCCGGACGCUCCAUCGGCCUCUUCGUUGGCAUCUUCACCAUGACUGCCACCUGGGUGGGUGGCGGCUACAUUAACGGCACGGCGGAGGCUAUAUACACAUCGGGUCUGGUGUGGUGUCAGGCUCCAUUUGGAUACGCUCUGAGCUUGGUAUUUGGUGGCAUCUUCUUCGCCAAUCCCAUGCGCAAGCAGGGCUACAUCACCAUGCUGGACCCGCUGCAGGAUUCCUUUGGUGAGCGGAUGGGAGGACUGCUCUUCCUGCCCGCUCUCUGUGGAGAGGUCUUCUGGGCAGCCGGCAUCCUGGCUGCACUUGGAGCCACUCUUUCGGUGAUAAUCGACAUGGAUCACCGCACCUCGGUGAUACUGUCCUCCUGCAUCGCCAUCUUCUACACACUGUUUGGUGGACUGUACUCCGUGGCGUAUACGGACGUGAUCCAGUUGUUCUGCAUCUUCAUCGGUCUAUGGAUGUGCAUUCCCUUCGCCUGGAGCAACGAGCACGUUGGCAGCCUGAGUGACCUGGAGGUGGACUGGAUCGGGCAUGUGGAGCCUAAAAAGCAUUGGCUAUACAUAGACUACGGCUUGCUGCUCGUCUUUGGGGGCAUUCCCUGGCAGGUCUACUUCCAGCGGGUGCUGUCCAGCAAAACGGCAGGAAGGGCCCAGCUCCUGUCCUAUGUUGCAGCCGCCGGAUGCAUUUUGAUGGCCAUUCCCCCGGUGCUCAUCGGAGCGAUUGCCAAGGCCACACCUUGGAACGAAACAGAUUACAAGGGACCCUAUCCCCUGACCGUGGACGAGACGAGCAUGAUUCUGCCCAUGGUGUUGCAGUACCUCACGCCCGACUUCGUGUCCUUCUUCGGACUGGGCGCCGUUUCUGCUGCCGUGAUGUCCUCCGCUGAUUCUUCGGUGCUCUCCGCCGCCUCUAUGUUCGCCCGGAACGUUUACAAAUUGAUUUUCCGUCAGAAGGCGUCCGAGAUGGAAAUCAUUUGGGUGAUGCGAGUCGCCAUCAUUGUGGUGGGCAUCCUGGCCACCAUCAUGGCCCUCACUAUUCCCUCCAUCUACGGCUUAUGGUCCAUGUGCUCGGAUCUGGUCUACGUCAUCCUGUUCCCGCAGCUGCUCAUGGUGGUGCACUUCAAGAAGCACUGCAACACGUACGGCAGCUUGUCGGCUUACAUUGUGGCCCUGGCAAUCCGACUGUCGGGCGGGGAGGCCAUCCUAGGACUGGCUCCGUUGAUCAAGUAUCCUGGCUACGACGAGGAGACCAAGGAGCAGAUGUUCCCCUUCCGCACCAUGGCCAUGCUGCUCAGCCUGGUCACCCUCAUCUCGGUCUCCUGGUGGACUAAAAUGAUGUUUGAGUCCGGCAAGUUGCCGCCCAGCUACGACUACUUCCGCUGCGUGGUCAACAUUCCGGAGGAUGUGCAGCGUGUGGGCGAUCCCUCGGAGUCGGGUGAACAGCUAUCCGUAAUGGCCGGACCCCUGGCUAGAUCCUACGGAGCGGCCACAAUGGCGGGCAAGGAUGAGCGCAAUGGCCGCAUCAAUCCCGCGCUGGAAUCGGACGACGAUCUGCCAGUGGCGGAGGCACGACGCAUCAACCAGGAGACGGCGCAGGCGCAGGUCAAGAAAAUGCUGGACAACGCCACUGGAGUAAAGCCCUCGGGCGGAGGAGGGGGCCACCUCCAGAGCCAAAGCGGGAUGGCCAUGCCCACUGCGGAGCAGGAUAAUACGGCCUUCUGAGCGGAGUAGAAAAUCCCAUGGCAUCUUGGUAGCUGAUUGCCCAAAAUUAGGCUGCAGUUGAUACCAGAUAAAUAUCCGAUUUUAUGUUGCGCUUGUUAGGGGGACACAAAUGGGGGAUGUUGGGGUCAUCAGAUUGUGGAGAGGAGUACAGAAAGUAUUAGGAAACGUACGUUAAACACACAAGUGCUCAGGUAAAAUGUGCAGAAAGCUGAUCGUAAGGUUUACAUUUUCAUUUAGCCAACUUAAUGUGUAUAGUUUCUACAAGCUAAAAGCGUUCUAUCGGUAUUUAUUUUGAUGUUAGAGUAUCUAUGUGUAAAUGUUCAUUAUCCUGCCCGAGAAUUGCAUAGGAAUUCCCGUAUUAACCCAAAGAGUUAGCCCAAAAAGUUGAAGAGGCUAUGGAAGUAAGUGUAUGUAUAACCACUGAGCAGAGCAUUUGAGCAAUAUGAAUUGGCAUUCCUGGCGUUAGCAUAUCGAUCAUAUACUAUAUAGAUGCAUAUAAUGUGAAUCAUGUGUCCUUCCAGAACGAACAAAGCUAAGCAAAACUAACCACAAACUAAUGCAAACGAAACAUAUCAAAACAAGGCGGAAGUAUAUCAGUAUACAUAUCACUCGUGUAAGCUAUAUUGGAGAAUCGGGGUAUAAAAACAUCCACUAUAUCCAAACAGUAGUCGAGUAAGUGAGCGAAAACGAGGCAUAUCGAGUUAUAUAGGAAUGAAUUUUAGCUGCUCUCAAAGAGCAAAAA